AUGAUCAGACCUUUAGUUGAAGCAGAAGCAAAAACAGACGACCAAGAAGAGCGGCUGCUGUUUGAGGGGCCACAAAAGACGACCAAGAAGCUGCAGCUAAGCGGUCGCAUUGACGCGUUGGUUCGACUUGCAGUCCACCGCAUGGAGUACGCUGCGGUUGAGAUCGGUCCAGCCGGGUCGCUCUUAUACAGAAAAUUCCUCCUGGACGCGGCGCGACUCGCCGUCGCGCCGCCAGACCCUAGUGACAGCGCUUCGGUUGCACCGCCAUUCGCCGCGCCGCAGACUCCCAAGGCGAAGACGAAGCGCGGAAGGUUCGCGUCUCCGCUUUCGCCGCGGCCUUCGCCGCCGCCGGCGCCGGCAGCUGCAGCAGCGCAAGACCUCGUCGUCGUCCCCCUUUCCCCAUGGCACCAGGUCCCUCUGCGCCUUUCCGCCGCCGCCGCCGCCGCCUCCCAUGCCGCCGCGCCAGCGACGACGGGAACAGGGCAUGAUGGAAGUCAAUACGGAAAAGCGUCCGGUGGUAGAUUAGAGGGCUUCGACAAGAGCAUUCUGAAUUCGGCCAAAGUUACACUCUUCCCCGCGAUUCGCGCGGCAGCGGCUGCAGGCGCCGAACCGGCGGUUACUAAUGGUAGCUCCUCCGCCGCCUCCUCCGCUGCUUCCUCCGCGGGCCCCGCGGAACCACCCCCGGGUGACGGCGCUGGCGGCGGCGGCGGCGAAUUCUUCCGCAUGGUUUGCGCCGUUCCGCGCGGCACGUGGGCGCAGGUAGAGCUGGCGGUGGGGGAGUCUCCGCACCAUCCGCUGCGGGUGCGCGGAGUGAACGAUCUCCCCUCUCAUUACAAUCACAACCUUCAGUGGAACGUCGGCUUCCUCCCGCAGACUUGCUGCUGCUUCGAUAUAGACCAACUCGACGGUACUACAAGUAACGCUAGUACUAUCAGUGGUGAUAGCGAUGGUGACGGCGGCUUCUUUACGCCGCGAUCGCUAAGUGCGGCGGGAACGGCGGAAAAGCGGCGCUCGUUUGGCGGAAGCGUUACGGGCGGAGGCGCACACGGUCCCCUGGAGGUGGUGGAUAUCGGGGGAGCGCGGGCGGAAGUGGGGCAGGUGUAUCUGGUUAAGGCUCUUUUGGCGUUUCUGGUUAUUAUGGACCUUCCUUGCUCCAUUUCCUUACGGGAGAAGCCCGUGCCUCUCAGCCGUACGAUUUCCGUUAUCAACGGUGCACAUGCCGCCUGGAAAGACGCCCAUGGGUCUGCCUUCAUGCCACCUCAGCAGCAGCAGCAGCAGCAGUUAGCGGACCCCAACCAGCAAGAUGCAAUGCUUCUAAGCCAGCUGCGGGAAUCGGUGGACUGCACACUGAGGAGGGGGAAGGAGGAGGAGGAGGAGGAGGAGGAGGAGGAGGAGGAGGAGGAGGAGGAGGAGGAGGAGGAGGAGGAGGAGGAGGAGGAGGAGGAGGGAAAAGGGGAGGAGGGAAGAAGGGAGGAGAAGGGAAGAAGGGAGGAGAAGGGAAGAAGGGAAAAGCUAAGGGAAGCAAACCAUCUCGUGUUGAUCACACUCGAUCCUCAUCCUCCCCUGUAUGGCUAG